AUGGUUGACAAAGGCAAAAAGGGCAAACCCGGGGCCACCGCAGCCGCAGCCGCAGCCGCAGCCGCGCCGGGGGCGGCCCCUCCUCCGGGCGAUGAAGUGGGAAGGUGGAAGGGGUGGUGUCGCCGUUACAAGUUGGAAGUCAAGAACAGCAAUAGAGAGUUCUGGCUUAAUGGGUACGCUGAGGUCAAGCUCAUUAUCUUGGACCUUCUCAACGACCUGUCCUCCAGUGCUUUCCUCGUGGGGGCCGCCCUCUCUGCCGUGAAAAUUCGGCAAACCAUGCCAAUGCACUACAUUUAUGGUGUGAUCCUUAUCGGUGUGGCUGCACUUGUUGCUUUAAUAGAUGUUUGUCUUCAAAUGACACACUUCAAAGGCAAGAAGGUCAAAGCGCGUGUGGGGAUUCUUCCACGAAAGGAUAAAAAGGGCAAAAAGCCAAAGGAAGGAGAAAAACCAGAGGAAGCAGGCAAGGGGAGGGCAGCGGUACCGCCACCUGCCAAGGGCGGCAAAGGUGGCGGUAAGAAGUGA